AGUCGCCGUCUGUACAUUGUGCACGUUAUCUCUAUCUCUAGUAUCGCUGUCUUGACGCAAUCAAAUCGCAAAACGUUUUUUAACCCCAAACAAAAUCGGGAAAAGUCCGUGUUUUUGUGAGAAAGUGCACUUACGUGAUUAUAUAUUAAAUGUUUCGUGAGAAUUGCAAUUAACUAUGAUCGAGAUGAGCAUAUGCACACUAAACCCAGGACUAAGGGAUUUUCGCAAACCCCUCCACGGAAUGCCAACAAUUUGCUUUCGACCGCCUCCUCUACCGCCAACAAAGAAACCGAGCCAUCCGCCAUCAAACACAAACAAUCGCCAAAUGCGUAUUAAACAAAACCACGGCCUACUUUCCUCGACUUAUCUCAGUUUUCGCGAUUCGUCCGACGACGAUUCUUUGAACGUUCGAGAAAUCGAAAAAUUUAAAACGUCGGACAAUUUGUCGCUCGAGAAAAAAUGCAGAAAAUUGACGCACACGAAUUCGUUGAUAAGAAGAAAGGAGGAGAGGCCAGUUGUCAUGACACGGAGUCAAUCGGAUGGAAAUCUCGAUAAGAAGGGACUCUCUUCAUCAACGAUAUGCAUCAAUCGGUACAUGAAAGUGCUCAGUGGAAGCUGGAAAAAUUUACUCAAUUGUAAGUUUUAUUCCCGGCAUUUGGGCGGCAUGUCGCGGCCACCCAAGCCAGCGGCAACCGCAAAGAAAGUAGCCCCUCCCGCUGUACCCCAUGAGUUUCGACAUUCUGGAAGCUCCUUCGGAUCCGCGGGGUACGCCAGCUCAGAGGACACCGGACUGUUGGCUUCCUCCGAUGCACCCGGAAUUCCUAGAGAUGAUCAUUCCGAUUAUGGUAGCACAGUCAGUGGUAGCACAGGGAAAUCUCCCGGGCCCAUAUUUCCAGCACCUAGCUUCACGUUCCCAUCACAGCUACCCGGACCAGGAACUGUUCUUACCCAUAAGGCAGCCGUUUAUUACCACCACCAACUUAGUCUCCAAGAAGAUCAGGGUAUUGACAUGACGCAGUCUCCCGGUAGGGACAGUCCAGGUUCGUCGAGUGGCAGUGCAGGUUCAGGUUCCAGACAUAGCACAGCUUCCUUAGAUAGCGGAAGGGCAUCCUAUCAUCCCCUCAGUACGGCGGGUAGAAGUACAAUUGGUUCCUCCAAUAGUCCACGAUGUUCCUUAAGUUCAUGUUCGAUCGGUUCCGACCAGGGCCGUAUUGAACGGAUGAUCCACCAAGGAAUACCGGAUCAAGAAAUCAUUCAUUCCUGGCUAGUAGAUUUACAAUUCGAAGAAUACUUUCCACUAUUUAUAUCGUCCGGUUACGAUUUACCUACGAUCGGAAGAAUGACGCCAGAGGACUUGACUGCCAUAGGAAUUAAAAAACCCAAUCAUAGAAAACGGCUAAAAGCUGAAAUCGCCCAACUUAAUCUUCCAGACAACUUGCCAGAAUUCAUACCAGGGUCCUUAGAAGAGUGGUUAAACCUGCUACGUCUAGACGAAUAUCUUCCAGCUCUUUUGGAACAAAACUAUCAGACAGUAGACGACGUUACCCAGUUAACAUGGGAAGAUUUAGAAGAGUUCGGAAUAGUGAAAUUAGGCCAUCAAAAGAAAAUAAUGCUAGCCAUUAAACGAAUUAAAGAUAUUAAGUCGGGAAAAAGAAUACAUACUGAUGCUAACAGAAUAUACGCCACACAAGACGUCCUGGUGCACGCUCCCGGGGAGCUCCCAUCGCCUGGUGUACCUCCAGUCCACAGCACUUUUCGCUCUUUUCACCAACCAUGGGAGAUCGACCAGACCCGCCAGUUGCAGGCUGCAGGACAACCGCACUACGUACAACCGUCACUGUUUUGCACUGACAUUGUUCCCAUUAAGAUUCGAACCGGUAGAGGAAAGUCCCUAGAAUCUUUAGAGGAUCCCAGUGAGAGAACCCACCACACAUUCACCGCAGACAACCAUCAAACAGUAUACUACCAACCUAUCGGCUGGCGCACAAGAUCCUAUGACGACGGAGACAUAACUCCAACCAACGAGUCAGCAUUGUUAUACGAAGGUGGAGGAACUCUUCCUAGACCGCGCGGUAUCAUUCGUCCUAGACCAAUCGCCAAAAUAGCAGCUAAGGCCCGUGAGACCUUCACAGAGUUUGAAAAACCCCAAUUUAAUCCCCAGUAUAAGCCCUUGUCCAGGGAUGUGAUCGACGGCAGCGCAUAUCACAUGCAAUAUAGUAGUAGUCCACUGAUGGGGAAGAAGAUACCGCCGAAUCCACCAAAGAGGCAGGAUAGCGAAUGUAAUGAACAGACCACAACAGUGGAAAUUCAUCAUGUUCAAACUUCUAGCCCUUUACCUCUGCCAGCAUAUCCUAGCUCGGAUAGUCUUAGUAUAUCUCUAGAUAGUCAAGGUGAUCUUCCUUUGCCCCCUCCACCAGCACCAGGAACACCCCCAGGGAUGUCUCACACACAGUGUAAACUCAACUCGUCUCAGUCGUGGAGCGUAGAGGAACAAGAGCUUAUCAAAACGUUGGCGUUACAGCACAGAAAUGGCUCUGAUGCAAGUUUUAAGUCGAGUUCCAGCACAGAAUCUGAUUCUUUGCCGUUCGCCAACGAGAACGCCGGCACCAUAAGAACGAGAGCAGGAGCCGGCGGUAGACAAGCCGAAUUCUCGUCUCCGAAACCGACACGUUCCGGCCUGCCCCCGCAUCCGUCCCCAACGCCUAACCGACAACAGCCGAACGUUCGAACCCAAAGAGCGGAGCCGGCUGAUGUCUUGAAUGAUAUAGGAAAUAUGUUAGCGAAUCUCACCGAUGAGUUAGAUGCCAUGUUAGAAGAAGAAAAAAGACAGCAGUAAGUUUUGUUUGUAAGUUAUAUAAGACUGAACAUCAAAUUUGUUUUAAAAAUUUGUUAGGUUAUUUUCGGCAACUAGAAUUUCUCUCUUAAAGUUUAUCAAUAUACAAUCUACAAUAAUUCAAUAUUUACUCAUUCUAUUCCUAGUGUGAAUUUUUGGCUGGGUUUAACAUUAGUCUCAAGAACAAAUCAGUAGCAAGCCACUUGUGCGCACUUUGACUUAUUCUUUUUAUGUCAAAUGUCAAAUAAAUGUCUCGUUUUAUGCCAAAUGUUACAUAUCAUGUGACAUUUGUUGACAUUUUGACAUAAAACGUGGCAUUUAUGUGACAAUUGACAUGAAACGUGACACUUGACAUAACACGUGACAUUGGACAUAAAACGUGACAUUUGACAUAAAAAGCGGAGGUCAAAGUGCGCUAAGUGGCUUAUUUACUACUCAGAUAUUUAUAUUAGAUUAAACGGACAAUUUUUUAGAUACCUAAUUAUUCUGAUGUGCUAUCUAUUUAAUAAACCUCUUUUAGCAAUGCCUGAUGAUCCAAAAAUAAUGAUUUUCGAUGAAUUUUGUAAUACAUAUUUCAAAUAUAUUUAUUUCAUUGCAGCUGAGCUGUUGAGCUUAAUGUACUUGUCUCGCCACGUAGGUGGUAGAUCUGCUGUUCCAUUUCUCUUAAUAACUAUCGUAACUGACCUUUUAUAAAAAAAAUACUACACAUACCGACAAAAUUUGAUCAAUAAUCGGACCCAGAGAUCACAAUUUUCAGAAGGUUUUUUGUGCGCUGAAUCCAAAUCUGAGCUCCAAAUUGUCAAAUUGGUUCUGGUUGCUGAGAUAUCCUAACCCAAACCUACAGCAAUAGCAGUUUUUGGUCGUUUUUGAGGAUAUGUGUAGCAUCUUAAUGGGUCUCAAGCUUGUCGGCCUCUAUUAUUAUAUUUUGGUCACUUCUAGAAUAGUCACUUUUGCAUUAUAAUCUCUUUAACAAUAUUUUCUACAAUUACCAUCUUCUACAAUCUGUUUAGCAAUUACCAUCUUUUCCCAUAAUCAUCUCUCCAAUACAUUGUAAUAGUUUUGUGGCUGUUUGUUGACAAUUUCCAGAAUAUUUUCCUAUUCUGGUCAGUUUGUUACGCAUCAGUCUUCCUAUGGUGUCAUACUUACUUUCAUUAUUAUUAUUCCUUGUAUAUAAAGGAUAUAUUGAUAUGCUGCUGUGCCACAUGAUAGAUAUAUAAUUCUAGUUAUUGGAAAUAACAAAUUUUUUACUUAAUUUCAAAUCAAAAUGAGUUAAAUUUCGCAUAAUUUUAUAUAGAAUUUUAUAGACAUAAAUGAUUAUUUUAUCUUUGUACAUAAUUUUUAGAUAGGCAGAUAUGUAUUGUAAAUUAUGUAAAAGAGUUAUUAUACUUUUUAUUAUUUUAAACACGGUUUUCUGGGGAUUAUGUAGUCAUUUUCUUCACAGUCCAAAAAUGUCAUUGUGAUCUCUUGCAUCACUAUAGAAUAGGGUGUUUGUUUAAAAUGUAACCCACCUUGAAAAUGUUAAAAAAUCAUUCCUAUAUAUCUCUCUAAUAUGCGCUUAAUAUUAAUAAUAGUAUAGCGCUAACAAUAUUUUUUACGCUAAAAAGUUUUGUUACUACUAUACAAUUUUUUAAAAAUUAGAAUGAAACUGAAAUGAAAUGUUCCGUGGUGUGCUGAGUUGCAUGUAAUAACCUUAUUGUCCACGGAAACAAUUAAAUGAAAUUAAAAUAAAUUUUUCGAAAGAGGGUUUGUUAUUUUAUCGAGGGUGUGACUGCAUGGGGUUCCCGCUGUGACUACUGAACUAGACCACAAACACUAAUCUGUCAUUAUGUGGUUCUACCAUAUGGCCAGACAGGCGACAAUUUAUUAGAUCUGGUGUUUUAAAAACUGCAAAGGCAUUUUACCUGAAUAGGGAUAUAUUUCGUUUCUUAAAACUAACAGGCCCUUCUAUGCAUAUGGUUUGUAUAUUAAAUGUGAAUUUUAAAUGGGACGUAUUAUUUCAUUGUGAAAAAGUUAUUAAAAAUUAAAAUUAGCAUUUAAAAAGUAGUAAUUGAAACGUGUCGCCACAAAACGUAGUGUGCAACAGGGAUGUAUACUACCCUCAUUAUUUUUCACACCAGAGCACAUUAUGAUUCUAGCGCUGAUUCAUAUAGACGAGGGAAUAUUUAUAAAUGCAGAAUAACUGAAAACCAUAUGCUACGCUGAUGACACUGUAAUUUUUUGCAUUUUUGCAGACUUUUGUUAAUUCAAUAAUAAUAUUCAUCCUCUCUAUCAUUCUUCACUGGAACGCCAUCGUAGGUUUUUUGUAGGUCGACGAACAACAUUAGAAUUUAUUGUUUCCGUGCCAUCUUUUUCUCAAUUAUCUGGAUUAAGGAGAAGAUGUGAUCAAUAGUGGAUCUAUCAAUAGUGAAUAAAUUUAUUUUUGAAUCCAUGGAAUGAGACAAUUAAAAAUCUUUCCAAAUUCUCUAGAAAAGAGAAAAAUAUUUGCAGUUCUAUUCACCAGCAAAAAGACAUCUCUCCUGGUCUUUGCUGUUUGACCUUCAACUUACAUUAAGUUGGGGUAUAUAUGUAUAUAAGCUAUAACGAUUUGAAGGGGAAAGGGAUCUAUAAUUACGAUCCUUUCUAUAAAUUAUUAUUAAUUUAGGUAAAAGAAAAAAAAUAAAAGACUUACAUCAAUGUAUUCUACUUUAGACGACCGGUUUCGCAUACCUACUACAAUUUUGUAUGCAUCAUCAGGUCUCCUGGAAAGUAACGAAUGCACCUGACGAUUCAUAACAAAUUGUAGCAUGCGAUACCGGCCGUCCAAGCAGGUAGAAUAAAUGAAUUUUGAGUAAGUCUUUUAUUUAUUUCAAAAAAUCCUUUAUAAAAGGUAUAUUUGUUAAAAUCCCUAUACAGGGCUACAUCACAACAUAACUAGUUUUCAAUCGGUUGACCGAUCAUCAUCAGUGUUUGCUUGAAUCUAACAUGCUAACCACCAAAGUAAAAAAUAUUUGGGUAAAAACCCUUUACAAUUAAUCCGUCAUAGGAACAUAGAAAUAAGAUGUGAAUUUAAACAUGGAAGUGGUUAACCACUUUGGUGGUUAAACACCAAAUAUUUUUUACUUUGGUGGUUAGCAUGUUAGAUUCAAGCAAACACUGAUGAUGAUCGGUCAACUGAUUGAAAACUAGUUAUGUUGUGAUAUAGCCCUAUAGGGAUUUUAACAAAUAUACCUUUUAUAAAAGAUUUUAUGGUUUUUUGUAAUAAAUGGUAUACAGCCAACUACAGGAAAAUUUUUUCCUCGUGGAUUUUAUUUAUUUCUUUUACCUAAAUAGAAAUGGACUCACGUGUGCAACCCAUUCAACAUUAUUAUUGAUUUUUUCCACAUGAUGAUGAGAUAUUUAAAUUUUCAAGGUAGUUCAUUUUAAACAAAUGUAGUAUACAUACAGGGUGUGUCUAAUUCAGCUUUUAUUAGUAACGAGAUAUCUAUAAUAAACGACUGGAUAAAUAAUUUGAAUACUGUGCUAGAAAUAUAUGUUUGAUCAAUGUAGAGACACCUUCUAUGUUCCACACCUGAUUGCAUUGAUUUGCAUUGAUUUCGAUUAGUAAAAAAGUGUUAUAUGUGUCAUAUUUAUCACAAAACGAUAAAAGUGAUUCCAUUUGUUUGCUGUUUAAAAUUUGAACGGGCGAAAUAAAAUGUAAAUAAUAAUAGAUCUUGUACUGAAGUUCUAGGAGAUAUAAAUUCAAUAAAAAAUUAGAAAUUAGGUACUUUUUGUACAGUCAUCUUUAGUAUACGAAUCUAGAACCUUUCAAACUAGAUUUGGUGUUUUCUUGUGACGCAAAUCUAAAUGUCUUAGCUGCAAUAAGGAACUAGUUUGAGAUAAUAAAUUGUACAGUACUACGUACUUAACAAAACUCAAUUAUAUAGGUCAUUUGAGUCUAUUCUGAGAUGUUAUUCUAAGAUCAGUCAUUAUGUUAUUACAGAAAUAUGUCAAAUUAUAUUGUAACAUUAAAAUCAAACGGUGGACUCAAUUCUAUACACUUUUAGUUAUACAGUGUGGGCCAAAGAAUAUAGUCCACCUCGAUAUUUGGCAGUAUUUAUUAGAUUUUAAGAAAAUGAGGAAACAGGUCGAUUUUUUAUCUAACGGGGACACAUUUUUACGGUACAUACAUCUGUCAUUUAUCAACCCCCUCCCUUCCACUUCCCCCACGCCGUAUUUUUAAAUAGGGAAUAGGGGUCGUGUGCUAGCUCAUUUGAAAAGUUAUUCAAUUCUCUAUUUAGUAAUAUUUCUAAACAUUAACAUAAUUGUUUAUACAGGGCGUCCAAGAAAAAAAUUGUUUAAUUUAAUUAAUUGACACAAAAAGAAGAAUGUAUGUAAUUUAUUUAAUUCAAAAUACAUUCUACUGCUGUCACAAAACAGAAAACGUUUUUUGAUAAAUAAACAUUGCUUUUCGCUUAAUUUCAAUGUUCAAGCUGCCACUCAUCUGUAUAUUGGUAGGUUGAAUAUUGAAUUUAAGCAACAAACAAUGUUUAUUUAUCAAAUAAACAUUUUUUUCUGUUUUCUGUCAGCAGUAGAAUGUAUUUUGAGUUAAAUAAAUUACAUACAUUCUUCUUUUUGUGUCAAUGAAUUUAAUUCAAAAUAAUUUUUCUUGGACACCCUGUAUAAAUAAUUAUGUCAAUGUUAAUAUUGCUGAAUAGAGAAUUGAAUAACCAUUCAAAUGAGCUAGCACACGACUCGUAUUUCCUAUUUAAAAAUAAGGGGUGGGGUCAGUGAAAGGGAGGGGGUUGACAAAUGACAGAUUUAUGUACUGUAAAAAUGUGUCCCCCUUAGAUCAAAAAUCGACCUGUUUCGUCAUUUCCUUAAUAUCUAAUAAAUACUGCCAAAUAUCGAGGUGGACUCUUUUCUUUGGCCCACACUGUACAAUUACUAAAAUGCUUCAGCGAAUGCCAUUAGUCUGGAGGCUUACGCUACAAUAAUAAACAGGAUGUUAUUCUAAGUGGUUCUUACGUUUCCAACUGGAUUUUUAAAGAACACCAUAACUCGAAACAAUUUGUAGAUUGUUGGGUUCAAAAAUCUCUAAUAAUUGAAGGGCCACGGGAAAGAACGAUCAGAGUCCAUUUUUGGUCAAAAUUUAAAUAUUGGCACCAUAUUUUAGCUUUUCGUGGAAAAAACCUAAGCAUGGUUUCGUUUGUAUAAUAACGAUCACCGUACGUUUUUAUAAAAAAUGUUGUAUUUAAUUUUCCUAUACCAAAGUAUACGAACUAAAACUUUCAAAUUGGAUUUGUACAAAAUGAACAAAAUGUGACUCUGAUCGUUCUUUCCCGUGGCCCUUCAAUUGUCUAAAACACUGACAUUACUUAAAAGAACACUACAACUUAUUUGAGACAUAACUUCAAUUUCUUUAGAAGACUGACACCACUCAAAAGUUGUGUUAACUGGCAAAGAAGUAGAAUUUUAUAGGGAAUUGUAGUAGGUAAUCCUCUUUUCAACUAUUUUGAAGAAACUUUUAAUGCCGCUGUGUAUUCCAGUCUAGUUGGUACUUUAACAUUUGUACAUUCAACAAUAAAUCGUUUUUUUAGGAUCGACUUUUAGUAAAAAUAGAACGAUGAGAAAUGCAGGUGUUUGAUUUAUGGCUUAUAAAUAGUUACGUGUUUAAAAGCAAUAAAAAUGUUUUUACGGCCGGCUAUUAACCCUUUAACGCGAAUAUAUUAUGCAGGUGCCUGUAAUAAGUUCCUUAGGAGACAUUUGGUUUUCCGUCACAAUUAUUAAAUACACAAUUUUGUUAACUUAAUUGUUAUUUUUUUCCAAUAAUUUUGAGAAGACUGAAAAUAGAUUUUUUUUAUAUUGAUUGAUGUACACCCAAGCUGAAAAACAUUUAUCAAACAUUCUUUAUUAUGCGUUACAAGUCAUUUUUUUACUUGAAAGGACAUUCUGUAUUUACAUUUUGCGAGUUAUUUGCAAUAAAAAAUGUUAUCAAUGUGCUACUUAAAUAGUUUAUAUUAAAUAUACCUAUGUUGUUAUUUGUCAUAGCAGUUUCUUAAUAAUAUAGCUGUUAAUAUGACUUUGAUACUCUUUUAUUAUUUUAUUUUAAUUACAUUGAUUAACUGUUAACAAGUAUGAAUAUAGAUUAAAUAAUAAAUAUACUGAUUACGAAAA